AUGGAAAAGAUAGUGGGUUCCAAGGAGAUCGAGUUCUAUUCCGGCGUAGAGGCUGUAGCGUGGAGCACUCCUGUUAGGGGGAAAUCGACCGCAUGCAAAAGUACCGGGCCUGGCGGGUUGGUCUGCAUAUCGUCCUAUGCACCACCAUUUCUGGUAUGGAGAAAUGUUCCACUACACGUAGUGCGACUUCGAUCUGGGCAAUACAAGAGCGAGAACGCUUGGUACGAGGAAAUGAAUCUGCGUCAGUCGUCGCAAGCUAGGGUGGCUGUAGUUCCUGGACCUGGCAUUGAAACGGAGUGA